AUGAAAUAUUUAGUUACUUUCUUUUAAGGUAAAAAAGAAGCGACCAAGAAAACAAUAACAUACAGUUUUUCAGUAUAGACAAGGAAGAAGAGUGACAGGCAUUGACGGAGAGAAUAGACAUUGAAGGAGAGUUAAAGGCACUGAAACAGCGCUUUUUGUAAGGAUAUUAUUUUUAAAAAAAUUUCAUUUCUAUUUUUAUGUGUUUUUAUAUAUUUUUAUUUAUUUAUUUUUACUAUAUACUUGAUGUUUUCCAAUGUUCCAAGCUCUCUUUUAAUUUGAAGUCAAAAUAAUUAUUUCCAUGAGCUAAAACAGUAAAGGCGUCAAUCAAUAACUGACGGCAGAUACAGCUCUAUUUCUAGGCAAUACAGAUUCACCUGUAAGUGGAGAGCGUCCGAUAUGCUCUUCUCUUCGGGUGGCGUGAAGUCUACCGUAUUAUGUUGUUGCAGCUACUGCAGAAAAAUAUAUACCACUUCCGAAUUUUUUAAUCUAUUUUUGUUUCAGAUAUGAAACAGCAAUGAAUGAAUCCCACAACGUUACCUUUGCUCCUGAUCCAUUUAAACCGUACGAAAUCCAAACCAUGGACAAAAUUAUAUUCUGGCCAAUCGCUACUAUCAUUGUUUUCGAAAGCACCUCACUACUUCUCAUAUUUUAUUUGCGUCGCCAGCUUCGUUCAGUUACAAAUAUUUUUGUAGUGAGUUUGACCAUGAGUGAUUUGUUAAAUGGCGCGAUAUUAUUACCUUGCGUGCUAUUACUUGGUCUCGCUCACCCAAGUGUGCAACCACUUAUGAUGCUCGUACUGACAUCAUCAAUGGGAAAUGUAUGCGGCUGUGCAUUGGACCGCUGGAUAGCCAUAAAGUAUGCUCUACGUUAUAAAGGUCUUAUGGUUAAAAAAACUUGCUUCAAAGUAUUAGCAGGAAUAUGGAGUUUCGCCAGCAUUUUGGCGGUCAUACCGAAAGUUUUAGGACCUAAAAUUGAAAGAACUCGAUUGUUUCGCCAAGUGUUUUUAGGAAUGAUUUUAUCCGUAUUGAUAGUACUAAGCGUGCUCUUGAUAGCAGCAUAUGGAUAUAUUUUCCAGGCCGUCCGUAAGCAUAUUCGAUUCAUGAUGGAUAGCGAAAUUAGCUUCAGCGGAGAUUGUAACCGAAACUCCAAAGGAAAAUUAUCUUUGAAACGCUUACGUAUAGAGUUACAACAUUCGAAAAUAUUCGCAUUUACGACAGCGACUUUUAUCGCGUGUUGGUUUCCGUUAAUUUACAUCAACUUCGUCGCAGAUGUACUACUGCUCCCCAAUCUUGUCCCAGAAUCACUUUUAGUGGUCAGUUUACAUACGAUCUUUCUUCAUUCCGUUAUUAAUCCGUUCUUAUACGGGUUUUAUCAGAAAGAGAUUCGACAUGUUAUUAUGCAAACUAUUUUAAAAUUACAAAGAAACAAGUCUUCGACAUUUCAACCGCUUUUAAAUAUCAGACGACCAAGAGCAGGUUCAGAAUUUCUCAACGUUGUUCAAAGACGUGAUACUCUUUUUACCAACAUUUAAUUGGGAGAUGUAUAGUAUCUACACUAAUUUAAUCGAGUCAAACAUAUGAAUUCGAUACUUUGAUUCAGUUCAUUUCUGUUUCAAAUCAACAACAGAUACGAUAACAAAUCGUGAAGUUGCUUGAAAUCAAGUAACGCGUUUGUGCGAUACGAUAUAAAUCGUUGACCUUAUUUGAUGGAAUCGAAAAAUAUAGUUUAUUUUCUUUGUGAAAAGCAUGUAAAGGGUUUUGUGACGAUACUAAUUAUUUGAUCGCUUGAUUAAAAUAAUGUUGAUGUGAUCACGGUUUUCGUAAAUUUUCAGUAUUUACAGAAAUUAAAAAAAAAACUAUGGUGGUUCAACUUUUUGAUGUCAUACAUAAACAGUUUAAAAGCAACUGUACGAAAAUUGAUGCUCGCGAAAUAACUAAUAAAAUUUGCACACGUUUGUGCGUAUAUAGUUAAAAAAACAGUACUAAACUCUCCUGAGCUUUAAAAUCAUCGCGUUCUUAAAAGUAGCUCCAGAGUUUUGGCCAAAUGUCCAGCCUGACUAUCUUUUAAUUGCGAUUUUUAAAAUAUUCUACGUUUUCAAUUGUAAACCAGGGACGUUUCAAACUAUUUGCUAAAUUCAAUGAAAAAUUGACAAAAAAAGCAAGCAAGUUUGUUGACCUUAAAAAUAUAAGCACAACGCGUUAACUUCACUAGUUUCAUUUGAUGUAUUGAAGUCAAUCUAAUGUAGUGACGUUAAGAGAUAAUU